CCAUUGUCCCCGCCGCCAAGGGGGGCGCCCCUGAUGCCGCCGACGCCGCCGCCGCCGCCGCCCGGCCCCCCGACGGCGCGCCCGGCCCGCCCGCCUACCGCCUGCAGGACCUGGACACGGUGGCCACCGUCGGCACGGGCACCUUCGGCCGGGUGCAGCUGGUGAGGGACAAGACGUCGUCCCGCUACUUCGCGCUGAAGGUCAUGAGUAUCCCCGACGUCAUCCGCCUCAAGCAGCAGCAGCACGUGCAGAACGAGAAGUCGGUGCUGCAGGAGGCCAGACACCCCUUCCUCGUGCAGCUGUUCUGGACGUCGCACGAUGAGCGGUUCCUCUACAUGCUGAUGGAGUUUGUGCCCGGCGGGGAGCUCUUCAGCUACCUGCGGAACCGCGGCCGCUUCUCCAGCCACACGGGCCUCUUCUACUCGGCCGAGAUCGUCUGCGCCAUCGAGUACCUGCACGCCAACGCCAUCGUCUACCGCGACCUCAAGCCCGAGAACAUCCUGCUCGACCGCGACGGGCACAUCAAGCUCACCGACUUCGGCUUCGCCAAGAAGCUGGUGGACCGGACGUGGACCCUGUGUGGCACACCAGAGUACCUGGCCCCCGAAGUCAUCCAGAGCAAGGGUCACGGGAGAGCCGUGGACUGGUGGGCCCUGGGCAUCCUGAUCUUUGAGAUGCUGUCCGGGUUUCCUCCCUUCUUCGAUGACAACCCCUUUGGCAUCUAUCAGAAAAUCCUCGCGGGCAAAAUAGAUUUCCCCAGACAUUUGGACUUCACCGUCAAAGAUCUCGUCCGGAAGUUGCUGGUAGUGGACAGAACCAGGAGGCUCGGAAGCAUGAAGAAUGGGGCUGAUGACAUCAAACGGCAUCGGUGGUUCAGAACGGUGGAUUGGGAGGCCGUCCCACAGAGAAAGAUGAAGCCUCCUAUCGUGCCGAAAGUGUGCGGCGAGGGCGACAGCUCCAACUUUGAAGCCUACCCCGACAACGAGUGGACGGCGGCCCCUCCCGUGUCCCCCACAGAUCUGGAAGUCUUCGAGAACUUUUGACGACCGCCCACGGCCAGCGGUGCAAACAUCUUGAUGCCGGGCGCCCGCCUUCUUGCAACGGGCCCGAGGGACGUUGCUGGCCCAGCUGCUCAUCCGUCAGUGCUCUGCCUUGGGAACGGUGUCUG